CAAAAACGAAUCUACGUCAUCAAAGCCAUAGGCGCCCAGAGCCUCAAGUGUCAAGGCCGGCCUACAUGAGGUUGGAAAGUGUGCUUACCCCAACGAAAAUGACUAGAGCAUGGCUGGGAGAACGGGUAUCUCCGUCAGAACUGGUUCGAACAGCUAGCUAUUUCGUCUCAUCUAGGAAACUCUGAUUACUAUAAUAGCAUCAAGGGCCCCAAGCUUCUAUGAAUUUUCUUGCAUCAGUUAACGACUCAUUUUGGAGCGUUAUACCUUGCCUCUAAUCUUCCAUUGUUCCCAAUCCUUCGAACCACUCCGUGUUGCCAACAUGAUCCACAUACAAAAGCACGGCAUCUUCCUCAUCGGCCUGCUUGGAGCUUUGCCCAAGGGGAAUGCGAUUCCCGCUCCGCAAAUGGGAGAUUACGGUGAGAAUAAGGGGCCUGUGGGAGGUGUCAGCCCACCCAUUCCAUCCGUGACCGCUCCCACUGGCAGCCUUAGAGGAGACGCUUCGCUUCUUGGGGGUAACGCCCCGCUUCCGGACCCCGACAAGUCCGAUUCUGCCGUUGUCAACGACGUUCAGCUUGUCCCUGGCCAGAAAGCUGAUGGUAAACUCGGACUUUACCUCAACUUUGACGGCGUCGAUGUUCCCCAGCCCAUCCGCGGAGAGCUAGGCUCACCGGAUCCAGGUCCAAGAACCUAUGCGUACGAGAAGCUCAACCCCGAUAUCUUCACCCCGCCAGGCACCGAUAAAGGCGAUGUCGAGAACGCGAUGUGGCCCAUAGGACUCUCCCAUAAUCGUCUUGGGAGCCAACCAGGGGCCGGCUGGGCCCGCCAACAGAACACCGACGUGCUUCCCAUUGCCUCGCGCAUGGCCGGAGUCGACAUGAAGUUGCAGCCCAACGCCUAUCGUGAGUUGCACUGGCACAGGUCGGCCGAGUGGGCACUCAUGCUCAAGGGUACCUGCCGUAUUGCCGCCAUGAAUGAGGACGGUAAGAGCUUUGUCGACGACAUAACCGCUGGCGACGUUUGGUUCUUUCCCAAGGGUGUCCCUCACAGUAUCCAGGCAUUUGACCAGGGUGCCGAAUUCCUUCUCGUCUUUGAUGACGGAGCAUUCAGCGAGGAGGACACCUUCCUUGCCUCUGAGCUCUUCCUCCGAAAUCCUCUGUCGGUGCUUUCAAAGAAUUUCAAAACAGAUGUAUCUGCAUUUGAUAAAAUACCAAAAGACCAGCUCUAUAUCUUCAACGGCACACCCCCACCCAAGGACAUCCAAGAACAGAAUCAAACCUCUUCGGCUGGGUCUCUGGUCGGCGCAGACUCCUACACCUACCACUGGUCACAACAAAAGCCGUACCAGGUCCCUGGAGGCUCGGUCAAAAUCCUUGACCCUCAGACAUUCCCCAUCGCCAGUAACUUCUCCUCUGCCCUUGUGGUUGUGCAACCGGGGGCCAUGCGUGAGAUCCACUGGCACACCACCAGCGACGAGUGGAACUACUUUCUCCAGGGGUCCGGGCGCAUAACAAUCUUUGAAGCUCCCGAAGCCUCUCGCACCUUUGACUUCACGGCUGGCGACAUCGGCUACAUCAGGGUCGGCGAUAGUCAUUACAUCGAAAACACCGGCACCGAGGACGUCAUCUUCCUCGAGGUUCUCCAGGCUCCUAGAUUCUCAGAUAUCAGCGUCGCUCAGUGGUUGGCUCUCACUCCCAAACAGGUUGUCAAAGAUACUCUUAACCUCCCGGAUGAUGUGAUUGAUGCUCUGCCUCGCGAGAAAGAGUUUAUCAAGGUCGGGAACCCUAACAUGACAGCGCUGGCAUCCGGCGAGAAAAAUUUCAAGAGACGCUUCCAGGCUUAGACUGAUCAACGUCUCUCGAAGAUACCAUUGUAAAUACACUUCUUGCAAACACUUUUGUGCGAUCAUGAUUUUAGCUUAGAAAAGAUAUUGAUGAGACACCUAUCUUCGAGUAUCGAGUAGCAAGCGUUAUUAGCUCCACCUCAUCUGUAGGACUUUUUGGUGGCGGUGAGGGUGGUCCGUUAACGCUAUGAGCGUUUUUCGCUCUUCUUCCCUUCGCCAAAGCAACUUCCGGACUCAAAAAGUCUGGGAGCCCUAUAACAUUCUCUAAUUUCCAUCAUAAAAUAACAUUACAUGAUUUGGUAACAGACAUG